GUGAGGGGGGGACCAUUAGAAAGGAGCACAGAGGGCUUUGCUGCAGGUAUUCGCUUGUCUGGAAAGCAAGCUAGUUGUGAUUCCUGUAUUAAUGCCACAGCAGACGUAGGUUUAUACAGUCUGUUUUCGCCAGCAGAUUAUUUGCCUUGCGGUCAAUGGAGUCCCUCAACUCGUUUGAAUCUGAGAUGGAGCCUGAUGGGCAGACCCACUAUUCCCUUUUCCCUGCUCUGGACAGUAUAGCGAGCCUGUCUGGAGCAGCAGAGACUCUGGAGAGCGAACCACCCAAUGAAAUUACAGAGAAGCCGAACCUCACGUGGCUUGAUGCUGCUCAGAUUGUCCUGGAGGAAGCUGGGCGUCCCAUGCACAUAAAGGAGAUCAAGCAAAGAAUCAUUGACCGGGGCCUUGUUCAAUCCAAUGCAAAAUCGAGCCUGGAAGCUGUCAUGUACCGUGAGACACAAAAAGGCAGCAGGCGAUUCAAGAGGAUUGAAAACAGAAAUGGAGUCUUUGCGUUACUGACUGAUGAGGAGCGGCAGCAGGCCCUCACAGCCCAGGCGUUCCUCAGCUCAGCGCCACACAGUGGAGCCUCCAGCUCCGGCUCCGGCGCCUCGGCGCCUGCUUUCCCGUCUCCCCCAAGCUCCUCUGAGCAGAAGCCAAAGUUCAAGAGGGGCCAGCGGAAGAAACAGAACGAGAAGUACAGAUUGAAGUACCUGAGGCUGCGCAAAGCCGCUCGCGCCAUGAUAUUUGAAAAUGCAGCUCUCUGUGAUGAAAUUGCUCACACCGAAGAGAAGUUUUUAAGAGCGAAAGAGGAGCGCAAGUUCCUAUUAAAGACUUUGUUGCAGUACCAGACUCUGUCAGAGGGGGAGCUGCUGCCCACACCCAGCUCCAGCGCCCUUCCUCCCGUCCCCCCUGCAGCCCUGACCUCAGCUCCAGCUGCGGGGCCUUCAGGCACGUCUUUGGCACAUAACCCCACAUCAGUGGCGUUGAUGGGAGAGGACGGUCUGCUUAAGAAACCCAAGAAGGAAAGGAAAGAACGGGGAAAGGAGAACGGAAAGGAAGAGUUCCCAAAGAAGAUGUCCAAGAAGAGGAAGCUGGCAGAUGGGUCCCGGAGACUGGUGCAGCCCAUCCCGCUGGACUCGUCGGGCCGUCCCGUCUUCCCUAUCGUACUUGGAGGCUUAACGGUCUACAGCCUAGGAGAGAUCAUCACGGACAGGAUGUUGUUCCACGACGAGUGUGCCAUCUACCCGGUGGGCUUCUGCAGCACGCGCGUCUACGCCAGCAUGAAGAGCCCGGAGCAGCAGUGCCUCUACACCUGCCAAAUCAAGGAUGGGGGGACCGGUCCGCAGUUUGAAAUUGUUCCUGAAGAAGAUCCCCAGAACGCCAUCGUGGCCUCCUCUGCUCUGACGUGCCACUCCAAUCUGCUGAAGGCUAUCGCAUCUAACAGCUCCGGCUCCGUGGCACCAGUAAUUCCCUCCGGGGCGGACUUCUUCGGCUUCUCGCAUCCGACUAUUCAGAAUCUCAUCCAGAGCUGCCCUGGAGCUCGCAAAUGUAGCAACUACAGGUGGAUUCGUUUCGAGGUGUGUCGCCCCGGCGAUGGCCAGCUGCCUCACGGCCUAUCAGAAGACGACGCCGCCAUCAGCUUCGAGGCCUACCUGAGACACCAAGGCCUAGACGUGAACAUCGAGAUGGAGCACAUCACAGGACAAUCGCCUCCAUCUCCUGGUUCCUCUCACCAGACCUCCCCUACCAUGAAGCCCCCCGCUUCUUAUUUUGGCUCCUGAGAUCCUUCUCUGGACCUCGUUCAAAACAAUACUUCAGAUUAACAUUUCAGAAAUUUAAGCUUUAACGCAAACAUGUUUAGUUUGUCAUCUUUUAGCAUUCCUCAGAUGAUAAUUCUGAGGGUGUGUAUGCUCUAAACACAGCUGAGCAGUUAUGUGCAAAAAUGGUUUUUGCUCAUCAGUAUGAAUGUUGAUAUCUGGUUGUAUAAAUUAUCUGCUUCAUAUUUGGUCCAGUCUUGUCUAUUAUCCUGUAUUACAGAAACAAAUGUUACAUAGCUGUCUGUGAUCACAGUAAGUGUUGUGGAUAUAUACUAUUUAAACGUUUUUUC